AUGGUUGCGUCUGCCAAGUUUAUGCAUGGAGCGAGCUCAGGUGUUUGCAAGAUAAAUGGCUCAUUUAAAUUGGGAGCUACUAAAAUACUCUCUGGCUGGCAAAUGCAGUGCCUAGCAGCAGUCAUCAAGGACGAACCAAACAUGAGUGGAGGAGGGGAACAGGUCGACAUUCUUCCGGCCAAUUAUGUGGUCAAAGAUCGCUGGAAAGUGUUGAAGAAGAUUGGUGGCGGUGGCUUUGGGGAGAUCUAUGAGGCGAUGGACCUGCUGACCCGUGAGAAUGUGGCCUUGAAGGUGGAAUCAGCCCAGCAGCCCAAGCAGGUUCUCAAGAUGGAAGUGGCUGUCCUGAAAAAGCUGCAAGGGAAGGAUCACGUUUGCAGAUUUAUUGGCUGUGGAAGGAAUGAAAAAUUUAAUUACGUGGUCAUGCAGCUUCAGGGCCGGAAUCUUGCAGAUCUCAGAAGGAGUCAGCCUCGAGGGACUUUCACGCUGAGCACAACGCUGCGAUUAGGCAAGCAGAUUCUGGAAUCAAUAGAAGCCAUUCAUUCCGUGGGAUUCCUGCAUCGUGACAUCAAGCCUUCCAAUUUCGCCAUGGGCCGCUUACCUUCAACGUACAGGAAGUGCUACAUGUUAGACUUCGGUCUGGCCCGUCAGUAUACCAACACUACUGGUGAAGUCCGGCCACCUCGCAACGUUGCUGGUUUUCGAGGAACAGUCCGCUACGCUUCGGUGAAUGCACACAAAAACCGAGAGAUGGGUAGACAUGAUGAUCUGUGGUCCCUCUUUUACAUGUUGGUGGAGUUUGCGGUUGGUCAGCUUCCAUGGCGAAAGAUCAAAGACAAGGAGCAGGUUGGCAUGAUAAAAGAAAAGUAUGAACACCGAAUGCUGCUAAAACACAUGCCUUCAGAGUUCCACCUUUUUCUGGAUCAUAUUGCAAGCCUAGACUACUUCACCAAGCCAGACUAUCAGCUAAUCAUGUCCGUUUUCGAGAACAGCAUGAAGGAAAGAGGCAUCACUGAAAAUGAAGCCUUCGACUGGGAGAAGGCUGGUACGGAUAUCUUGUUGUCCACUAGCACCUCUACUCCACCACAGCAAAACACCAGGCAAACAGCAGCCAUGUUUGGGGUGGUUAAUGUCACUCCAGUACCUGGCGACUUGCUUCGUGAGAACACUGAGGAUGUCCUACAGGGUGAACAUCUGAGUGAUCAAGAGAAUGCUCCUCCCAUCCUGUCAGGCCGGCCAGCGGAAGGUCUUGGUCAGGCUCCAAACACCGCUUUCAACGAGGCUGAAGUUUGGGAAGAGACAGAUGUGAAUCGCAACAAACUCAGGAUCAGCAUCAGCAAAACUCAGUGCAUGGUGGAAGAGGAGCAGAGAAACGGUGUCUGCCCCAGUUCCCCUGUCCGAGUGCCUCCGGAGUCCCCUACCGCACAAGUGCGCUCCCUAAGAUACCGCCGUGUGAACAGCCCUGAGUCAGAACGCCUCUCCACCGCUGACGGCAAAGCAGAUCUGCAUGAAAGAAGAUCUCGAAUGGAUUUACCUGGCUCUCCAUCACGGCUUGUAUGCUCCUCCCAGCCGGCCCAGAUGCUGUCCAUCGACACUGGCCAGGCUGACCGGCAGGCCAGUGGUAGGAUGGAUGUGUCUGCCUCGGUGGAACAUGAAGCCCUCAGCAAUGCCUUCCGCUCAGUGCCACUCGCAGAGGAGGAGGACUUCGACAGCAAGGAGUGGGUUAUCAUUGAUAAGGAGACGGAGCUGAAGGACUUCCACCCAGGUGCUGAGCCAAGCACCUCCGGGACCACGGAUGAGGAGCCUGAGGAACUAAGACCUAUUGAAGAGGGUGAGGAGAGGAGGCGCUUGGGGGCAGAUGCUGCAGUCAGGCCGAAGACGCAUGAUGGGCGAAGUCGGGGUAUGCAGCCUGUGACUGAGGAGGACAGUUCCCACAGACACGAAGGACCUUCUCAAACAGUAUCUGACAGUAAACACGAACAGCAGACAGGAAGUCCAGCCCACUCCCCCCUACAUUCAGCACCAGCUAUCCGACAAAGGAGACGGGAAUCUGAACCUACUGGUCCUCAGAGACAGGCCUUCUCAGCACUCCCUCCCGAGGCAUAUAUGCUGAGGUCAUUUGAAAUGAAUGGUCUGCCCAAGGCGGUGCCUUUAAGUUUGCCUUAUCAAGAUUUCAGAAAAGACAUGUCAGACUACUGGGAAAAGCCUAAGGUAUCCCAGCGGAUAAAGAAGGUUGAUUUCUCAAAUGUUGUCUUGACUGCUCCUUGCAAACCUCUGGAACCUUAUCUGGAAAUGAAUGGAAAAGAGGAGGAGGAAGAAGACGAGGAGGAGGAAGAGGAGGAGGAGGAAGAUGAGGAGGAGGAGGCGGAGGAGGAAGGGGACGAGAUUGACAUGCGCAGUGGUUCCAGCAGCGACCUGAGUCAAAAAAGCACAGAGCGCAGCCAGGAGUGCGCACCAUCCACGCUCCUGGCUGAUGACCAGAAGGGAUCCAAGGGUCGAGCAUCCACUGCUGACGGGGACCUGGAGCUGGAGGAAGGCUCAAAAACGCUAGUGCUGUUUUCACCAGGUGAUCUGAAAAAGUCUCCGGUGACCACAGACUUGGCUCCAGAAGUUGAUCUGGGCACUCUUGCUGCACUGACACCUCAGAGCGAGCGGCCACAGCCUAUGGGUAGCCAACUGGAUGUAUCCGAGCCAGGGACCCUCUCCUCAGUCCUUAAAUCUGAACCAAAGCCUCCCGUGGCAGUGGCUACAGCUUCCUCCCCCUUCACCAAAGUUGAGCGCACAUUUGUUCAUAUUGCUGAGAAGACCCACUUAAAUGUCAUGUCUUCCAGCGGCCAGCUGAUGAGGCACGAAGAAUACUGCCCUCCGGGCCAGUUUGAGGAGGUCAUCGUCGAAGAAGAGCUGGAGGACAACCUGGUGCUGGUAGAGAAUGGAAGCAUACAUUCGGGGCUAGAAGGGGCAGAGACGGAGAGCUGCGCACUUUCGGCUAAUCCCAUUGAAACCACCUCAGAGACAGUAGGGGAGCAGCUGGCCCUUCCCAACGGCGUAGCACAGCCUCCCGAGGACAAGCCGGAGCUCUCCAACAAAGUGGCACUCUCGCUGGAUGUGGAAGAGCCUGGCAAGGUGGUUACAAGGGAGCCUGACCUUGAGAAGUCAGCAUCGGUGGCAGAACACCGAGCAGAGACCCUCCUCGACACACCGCAGCGAGGCCCCAGGAGACCUCUGGGCUCCAGGUAUAGAAGUCGGAUACCCAUUUUGUUCUCUGAGGAGGACACCGGCUCAGACCUUUCAACUUCACUCUCGGCCAAAGAGAGGCUUUAUAAGAGGGCAAAGCAACCUGACUUGGCGCGCCUAGUGAUGGAGAAGAGGCAAAACCGCCUCCUUCGGCUGGCCUCAGGGGCCUCCUCCUCAGCGUCCUCCAGUGAUGAGAGGCGGCGGGCCUCAGAAACCCUGUCGGCCACCGGUUCUGAGGAGGACACCCACGACUCGGAUGACUCCAUCCCAAGGAAGGCAGGGAAGGAGAAGGCUGCCCUCCUGGGGAAAGAAGAGAGACCCAUAAGCACAAAGAGCAGAAUUCCUCGGCCCAUCACGCCAGUGAAAACACCGCUAGAGGUGGCGAAGUCUGAGAGCUCCACGGCCGUUGCGAUGGCGGCGCUAUGUACCUCCCCGCAGGACGCGGCUGUUGCCUACAGGCUUCAGGCACAGAGACCAGCUGGAAGUGUCCCAAACGAGUGCCGAACGAUGCAGAUACAAAGUCGGGUUCCUCCUUCGCCGAGCUCCACUUCUCUUCCUCCACGGAGCAGCUCCCGGAGGUCCAGCUGUGCAUCCCCUCGGAGCCCUGUCCUUCCUUCAAGAAACCCCGGCGCUUCCCCCAGAAGCCAGCUGCCGCCUCGGAGGGAAAGUCCUUCUCCCUGCCGACAGCAUAAGCCAGGGACUGCUCUUCAGCGAGUUCCUCCUUCCCCCCGACCUCAGCCCCCAGCUCAGGCUCUGGCGCCGACAGGAGAUUCCCUGCCCUCUCCUGGUGUGGCCAAAAAACGACAAAGAGGAAAAACCCAGACUCAGAGUCCAGCAACCAAAGGAAAGCAGGUGUCCCUGGAAAGUAAGGCAGCUGCCAGAUAA